CAGUUAACUACAUCGGUUCGGUUCAUUUGGUCGUUCAUCCAACCGGAGACGACCCGAGGAAUCUGCCACCAGCACAAACACACCAACAACACACCGUUGUCUGCUGAGAUCCAGCCCAGCUGACACGUGUCGAUCCUGCUGCAACGCCACCUGCGAUUCGCGCCGUUCCCACAUCGAGAUCGGUCCUAGAGAUCAAUCGAAACAAGCAUGAGAAUGCACCACAAGCUCACAGCACUGGCCGUGCUGUGCUGCGCCCUAGGACCAGCAUUCGCCGCUUCCGUGACGAAACGAGAGGCGCCUCUUCCUGGUGGCAGCUACCUGCCACCGUCGAACGGAGGAGGAGCCGGAGGUUACCCAGCAGCUGGUCCGCCGAGCGGAAGCUACGGCCCACCAAGCAAUGGUAACGGAAACGGAGCUGGCGGAUACCCAUCGGCCCCAUCGCAGCAGUACGGAGCCCCAGCCGGAGGUGCACCGUCCCAGCAGUACGGAGCUCCGAGCAAUGGCAACGGCGGUGCUGGCGGAUACCCGUCGGCUCCUUCGCAGCAGUACGGAGCACCCAACGGAAAUGGAAACGGAGGCUUUGGAGGACGCCCUCAGGCUCCUUCCCAGCAGUACGGAGCCCCAAGCAACGGUAACGGAGGUGCCCGUCCAUCUCAGCAGUAUGGUGCCCCGAACGGUGGAAACGGUAACGGACGUCCCCAGACUCCCUCGUCGCAGUAUGGCGCUCCUUCCGGCGGUGCUCCUUCCUCUCAGUAUGGUGCUCCUUCGGGUGGUGCCCCAUCUCAGCAAUACGGUGCCCCGAACGGUGGUAACGGAAAUGGACGUCCCCAGACUCCCUCAUCGCAGUACGGCGCUCCAUCUGGUGGUGCCCCAUCCCAACAAUACGGUGCCCCGAACGGUGGAAACGGAAAUGGACGUCCCCAGACUCCCUCAUCGCAGUAUGGCGCUCCUUCCGGCGGUGCUCCUUCUUCCCAGUAUGGUGCUCCUUCGGGUGGUGCUCCUUCCUCUCAGUAUGGUGCCCCAGCUGGUGGUGCUCCUUCUUCUCAGUACGGUGCUCCAGCUGGUGGUGCUCCUUCGUCCCAGUAUGGUGCUCCAGCUGGUGGUGCUCCUUCCUCUCAAUAUGGUGCUCCAGCCGGUGGUGCUCCUUCUUCUCAGUAUGGUGCUCCAGCUGGUGGUGCUCCUUCAUCCCAGUAUGGUGCUCCUUCGUCCCAGUAUGGUGCUCCUGCAGGUGGUGCUCCUUCUUCCCAGUAUGGUGCUCCAGCUGGUGGCCCUUCUUCUCAGUAUGGCGCUCCUUCCGGUGGUGCUCCCUCCUCUCAGUAUGGUGCUCCUUCCGGUGGUGCUCCUUCCUCUCAGUAUGGUGCUCCAGCUGGUGGUGCCCCGUCUUCUCAGUAUGGCGCUCCAUCUGGUGGUGCUCCUUCCUCUCAGUAUGGCGCUCCAUCCGGUGGUGCUCCUUCCUCUCAGUAUGGUGCUCCAUCUGGUGGUGCUCCUUCUCUCAGUAUGGCGCUCCAUCUGGUGGGACAGUCGCGUCAAGGACCACCAGCCACUAGCUACGGAGUCCCAGCUGGACCAUCUAACGGAAACGGAUUUGGAGGACGCCCAUCGAGCCAGUAUGGUGCCCCAGCCCCCGGAGGAAACGGAAACGGAGGUCGCCCAUCGAGCCAGUACGGUGCCCCAGCUCAGGGAGGAAACGGAAACGGUGGAUACAGCAACGGUAAUGGUGGACGCCCGUCAAGCCAGUAUGGUGCCCCAGCUCCAGGAGGCAACGGCAACGGUGGACGCCCUUCAAGCCAGUAUGGUGCCCCAGCUCCAGGUGGUAACGGCAACGGUGGACGCCCAUCAAGCCAGUAUGGUGCCCCAGCUCCAGGUGGAAACGGAAACGGACGCCCAAGCCAGUCGUACGGAGCUCCAGGUGCCGGUGCUCCUUCUUCCCAAUAUGGCGCUCCUUCUGCUCCUUCGUCUCAGUAUGGUGCCCCAGCCCCAGGUGGUAACGGAAACGGUGGACGCCCAUCAAGCCAAUACGGUGCCCCAGCUCCAGGUGGAAACGGAAACGGACGCCCAAGCCAGUCGUACGGAGCUCCAGGUGCCGGUGCUCCUUCUUCCCAAUAUGGCGCUCCUUCUGCUCCUUCGUCUCAGUAUGGUGCCCCAGCUCCAGGUGGUAACGGAAACGGUGGACGCCCAUCAAGCCAAUACGGUGCCCCAGCUCCAGGUGGAAACGGAAACGGACGCCCAAGCCAGUCGUACGGCGCCCCAGGUGCCGGUGCUCCUUCUUCCCAAUAUGGCGCUCCUUCUGCUCCCUCGUCUCAGUACGGUGCUCCUUCGGCUCCAUCGUCGCAAUAUGGUGCCCCGAGCAACGGUAACGGCCACAGCAGCGGCUCCUCCGGAAACGGCUACUCGCAGAGCUCGUUCUCCGCCAGCAGCUUCUCAUCCAACGGUGGAAGCAGCAGCAGCGCCGGAUACAGCUCGGGCCGACCCAACGGUGGAUCAUCCGUCCCGGCCACCAUCCCUCAGUCAUACACUCAAAGCGGAGGCUACAACUACUAAACUCGGCCUUAGAACCAAACCUCAGACUUUACUACGGACAAUCAACGGAAUCCCCAGGACCGCUUCUCAUGCGCCCCAAAUGAACAUGUGCCUUAAAACGUGUAUGAUAUAGUUAUCUCUCUCUGCUAGGUAGCCCCAGAGCUCCUUAAUCCAAAUCCCCUUUGAAUCCCACAAAAUUUGGCUACCUUCCUUUGAAAAUACUCCCCAACAUGACCUGAAAAGAGAAAACGCUAUCAACAACUGUGAAACGAACGGAUCUAUGUUUUAACUGUUUAUGGUUAAUUAAUUUAAAUUAUUGUAAUAUUAUAGCUUAAUUUAAUGUUUUUGUAUGCUAGGAAGAGAACGAAACAAACGCUUUGACAACAAGCAAGAAUCAGAAUGACAACAAAACAAAGUACGAAAAUGCUGCAGGCGCGAGAUUUCAACCGAGCAAGCAAGCCAGCUUACGCGAAUUGUACUGACCGCCCAUCGCACCGUGCCACAACUGCACGCGCCCAACACCAACAACAAAUCAUCACCAGCUGUUGCAUUUACGCAAGCACAAACACAAACACACGCGCAAAAAUGGGCCGAUUUGUCAGUGCGGUGUUUUUGGCAAACGGCCCGUUCAGCAGGGUCCAAAGUUUUGGAUUAAUUUUGUUUCCGCACGAAAUUGUUUCGCAAAGU